AGUGUUCUUCGGGAAGCGUUCAGUAGUCUUCCCCUCAGUAUUCGAGAGACAAUCAUUGCGUGCAGAACGGAUUACGUCAUACAACUAGUAUAUAUAGGUCCAACUGGGUGUUGGUGCAUACGAGCGCGAGAGUGUCAAAUCUGCAUCAAGAGCUUCGGACAACGAUGGAGAAUACGAUACCCGAGAAGAAAGUUCAUUUCGCCAACGCGAUCGAAUCGAAUGACCAGUAUGCAGCCUCGUAUUUAAAAACUGGCAGCACACGCGGUGUUAUGUACCAGAUGAAGCUCCUAACUUGGAUCACAUGGAAGCUCAUGUGCAAGAACAACGCAAGUAUCGGUAAUUGGUGGCUGGCCACGGAGGUGUGCGAUGCGCGCGGAUUUCACGAUCUCGUCUUGAAAUACUCCCCUGAUGGUACGUCAAAUGGAGACGGAGGCACCUCUGAUGGAAAAUACAUGUAUCGUUUCAUGCAAAUCAAGCACAAGAGGUCCUUGGAAAAGAACGCCAAUAUCACUAGUUAUCAUUUGACAUCCAAGCAUAAGUUACAUCGUCAGGGCAGUCUGAUUUACCUGUUUAAAGCCUACGUAAAUAUGCUCGGCAACUUCGAGAAGAUCACGCCCGAUCAAAUCGUGGACUUGACGAUCUUCACGAAUAUGGAUAUUAAUGCAUUUAAAUUCCUGGUGCCUGUGGAGGGCGACAAGCUCUACGGAUUCGAGGGAAAAGGCAAGAGAUAUCGCAUUGACAUAAAAGUCUUGAAGAAGGAGCCAGGAAUAAUGAUAUGCCUGUACCACAUUAUGCCGGACGACAACAUCAUAUUUGGGUUCCUGAGGAAACUGGUGUUCGCGGUGUGUCAACCCUCCGAGCCCGAGUUGGAGGAACUGAUCGUGAAGGAGAUGGGCAAGACCUUCAACGUACCGCAAAUCUUCUACGAUAACUUAUAUAAGAAUAUAAUCAAUUGGUUUCUCGUUUACGACAACGGCAAGGCGCCGUAUCUCACCGAGAACCACGUAAUGAAGUACCUGAAGGACACGCAGGAUAUGCUGUGGGAAGCGAAGAAGACCGAAAUGCUUGUCGAUCCAGUUUCGAAGAUUGCUGAUAAAUUAAAAGUGUUGUCUUUGUAAAGAGAUGGAGUUCACUCUUUGUAAUCUUUUGUUCCUUUGAAACAAUAUCCUUUGAAACAAA